AUGGAUAACUACAUACAAAAAAAUAUCGUGAAAGCGAAAAUUGAAUUAUCAGGCCUUAGUUGCUCUAGUUGUGUUCGAUCAAUCGAGCAAAAUUUAGAGAAAUUGCCAGGAGUCUUGAAGAUACAUGUAAACUUGUUGAUGAGUAAUGCUACUUUGGAAUUUGAUCAGACACAAAUUACACUCGAUCGAAUUACUCAAACUAUUCGAGAUGCUGGGUAUAAAGUUGAACAUGUUAACAUCGUAAUUACACAACAACAAGACCCAUCAUUAUCAAAAUCUCUAUCAAACUUUGAUAAUGUACUUUCAGUAGCAAAAAAAGCCUCUGAUGAUACAAUGGUAGAAGAUUAUAAUAACAAUGAUAAAAUAAAUGCAAGUUGCGCUCUGCAAAAAGUCCCGGAUCUCAAUAUAACAAACAUGAUACCACCAUCAACAUCAACCAAUUCAACGCGUACGAUGGCAACUGUACGAUUAGAAAUAACAGGAAUGACGUGUGCAUCAUGUGUUAGUUCAGUACAAGCAGCAAUAGAAGGCUUGGACGGAGUGGAAAACACGCAAGUGAAUUUACUCACCAAUGAAGCAACGGUAAAAUACAACCCAAAUAAAAUUGGUACGCGUGAUUUAGUUGAAGCAGUCACCGAAGUUGGGUUUGAAGCUAAGCUAAUAUCGUCGACCACAAAAAAUCAUAAUCUCGGAAAUACGAUACGAGAACGUGCAGAAAGAGAGCAACGACGAUUAAAAGAUCGAUUUCUCAUGUCACUUUGGUUCGCUAUACCCACUUUCGUAAUUUCAAUGAUAUUUAUGACUGCUCUACCAGCCUCCAAUGAUGUACGCAUGGCAUUCAUGAAACAAAUCAUACCGGGAUUAGGAGUGGGAACAUUAAUACUUUUCUUAUUGGCAACACCUGUUCAACUCUAUCUCGGUGGUCCGUUUUAUGUGAAAGCAUGGAAAUCAUUAUAUUAUGCGCGGGUUGCAAAUAUGGAUACACUAGUGACAAUCGGUACGACAAUCGCGUAUGUCGGAUCAAUUGUGAAUGUUGUUGUCCCAGUAGCAUAUAAGGAUGAUCGACCAAGCCAACAAUUCUUCGAAACUAGUGUUUUAUUAUUCACGUUUAUUUUGCUGGGAAGAUGGAUGGAAGCAAAAGCAAAGGGAAAAACAUUCGAAACUAUAACGAAAUUAAUGGAAUUACAACCAGAUAAAGCAGUUUUGGUGAAAUUUAAUCAAAAUGGAAAAGUUGAUGAUUCGUUUACUGAACAUGAAAUCGAUUCGGAUUUAAUUCAAGUCGAUGAUAUACUUAAAGUAAAUGCGGGAGGAAGAAUUCCAUGCGAUGAUGAGUCAACGAUAACUGGUGAAUCGAUUCCCGUAUCAAAAGGAGUCGGUGAUAUCGUAAUAAGCGCAACAGUAAAUCAAACAUCAUCAAUCUGGAUAAAAGCAACAAGAGUUGGUACAGACACAACAAUAUCACGUAUCAUAAAUCUCGUACAAGAAGCACAAUCAAGUAAAAAAGCACCAAUCGAAGAAUUCGCCGAUAAAGUAUCUCACAUCUUUGUCCCAGUUGUGAUUGGAAUAGCAUUGUCGGUGUUUAUAGUAUGGGUUGGCUGUGGCGGAACUGGUAGAAUCCCAAGUGAUUGGUUAGGUAAAGACCAAAAUUAUGUGAUGUUUUCAUUAUUUUUUGCUAUUUCUGUGAUGGUAGUAGCGUGUCCUUGUGCGAUGGGUCUUGCUUCACCGACUGCGAUCAUGGUAGGCACGGGAAUAGCAGCAAAACUUGGAAUAUUGAUAAAAGGAGGAGGAGAAGCAAUUGAACUAGCAAACAAGAUAAAUGUGAUUGCAUUUGAUAAAACGGGAACUUUGACUUUCGGUAAACCCAAAGUUAUCGACAAGAAUUUAUUCUAUCCUAAAGAUCCAUUGGAAAAUGCACGACAAUGUGAACAAUUAUUAAUGCGAAUUAUCGGUUUAGUUGAAUCGUCAAGUGAUCAUCCAUUAGCAAAAGCUGUUUCUCAAUAUGUCGUGGAUCAAAACACCACUGACCGAAACCCGAGCAACGUGACACUAAAGGCUGUUAGAGAAGCGCCUGGUAAAGGACUCAAAGCAAGAGUAAAAGUUGAUUCCGCACCCCCGAAUUUCUUCCCUGCUGAUGCUAAUCCGUAUUACAAUGUGUUUAUCGGGAAUGAAAGAUGGUUAUUUGAGCAUAAUUGCAUUUACCCAUCUCAUAUAACAAAGCAAGAAGCGAAAAAUACGCUGCGUCAUUGGAAGUUAAGCGGUUCUUCGGUCGUGUUGGUUGGAUUGAGAAAGGCGUCGGAGAAGAAAGGAGGAUUGAUACUGGCUCAGUUUGCUGUGGCGGAUACACCGAGAUCAGAUGCAGCGAAAACU